GAAAAUUCGCAGGAACAUUUUUGGAUAUCAGAUCAUACACCAGGACGACAGCGAGGAAUUUACCUCAAUCACAUCUGGUACAUAUCUGUACAACAUCAUUCUAGUUGAUACCACCAACUUAGAAUACCACUUCUACUCCAUUGCACUUAAAAAUUCUUCACAUCUCACUUCACUCAUCCCCAUCUACACACAUCACCAGAACACAAACAGCACACGAUUUACCAUUUAACGAUUUCCGAACCACAAUCUAUACAUAUUACCGGAACACAAGCAGCACACGGUUUACCAUCUAACGGUUUCCGAACCACAAUCUACACACAUCACCAGAACACAAGCGGCACACGGUUUACCAUCUUACGGUUUCAGGACCACAAUCUAUCCGCAAGUUGUGUUUCUAUUCAGAAGUAUACAUGUGGUUGCUUUAUUUGAUUGUCAGAUAGAUCACCGCCACCCUUUGUUUUUACCGAUACGAUACAUAACCGACUCCACCGCCAUAAGUUAGCCAAGAACGACAACACAACUAAAAAUGGCAUAACGACUACGAAUAGCAUAGCGACUGUAGAUAAUACAACAAGCCCAAGUAAUAUACCAACUACGAAUAUCGCCGCUACCCUUUAUUUUUACCAAUACGAUACAGAACCGACUCCAUCGCCAUAAAUUAGCCAGAAACGAUAACACAAUUACAAAUGGUAUAACGACUACGAAUAGCAUAGCGACUGCAGAUAAUACAACAAGCCCAAGUAAUAUACCAACUACGAAUAAUCGAAAAACAAAUAACACUUGUCAAUUAUACUACCAAUUCUCCCCGUCUCACAGCAUUAUAAGAUGUCGUCACCGCUUUCCUCCCCAGGCGUCUCUCCAGGUUCAGCUGCAGACUCCACCAGAGGAGACUCCGAGUCUAUCGAGUCGCCAGUCUUCAAUUCGUCCAACCGAGCUACAAGCAAGAAGACUACCGCUAAGAAGACUACCGUUAAGAACACUACCGCUAAGAAGACUACCGUUAAGAACAAUACCGCUAAGAAGACUAUCUCUAAGAAGACUACCGUUAAGAAGACUACCGCUAAGAAGAAGACUAUCUCUAAGAAAACUACCAAUGAAAAGAUUCCAUCAGAGAUGACUGCGGCUGAGGAGGCUAGCAAUGAAAAUAUUCCAUCAGAGAUGACUGCGGCUGAGGAGGCUAUAGCAGUGCAAUCUCCCAAUGAGACAAAUAAGCGUGACUACAGUGUUGCAUUCAAACCUCAGCAGUAUAACGCUCAUAAAUUGAAUCUCUAUCAUAUAUUCAUAGAGAAGAGGAUCAAAGUUUGGCGUGAGUUUGGCAAGAAGGAGAAGAUUAGGGUUCCACUUGGCGAUGCCCAGUAUAUAUGGGUGCAGACCCAACCAAAAGAAAUAAGGGACAAAGUCUCAGUGCCGGAUAGAGAAGGAACUACCCACUUAUUUGGAACUUAUUUAGAAAGAGAGAGAAAAGUUCUACACAAUGGGGUUUUGGUUGAGGAUUCUACGCCUGUCCAUUACCUGUCUCAAUUUAUCGAAGACCACCACACUCCCAUCCCUGAACACGAGCGAAAUCGAAAGCGUUUGCCUAACACUUUCACUUUCAGAACUUACUUUCCUGAAUCGGCCACUGUUCUGUGUGCUCUCCACUUUCAGUAUGACAGUUCCCAAAUGAAUGUGCAGUGCAUCGAGACUGUGCUCGAGACCAAGUCGAAGGAGAGUUUCGAGUUGAAGGCUAGGAUAAAGGAAGAAAUUGAGCGUCGCAAACGGAGAAGAGCAGAGGCAGCAGAGGAGGAAAGAUUAGCUAAGGCAGCUAUGGGAUUCACUGUUCCUCCUCAGAAAGAUCUCCGUGUAGGACUAGAGUGUCGUAUGCUAUCGGACGAUGGACUUCUAAUGGAGUAGUUAUCAGAACCGAGAGAUCAAAUUUUCGAUUUCUGAAAGCUAUCAUUGCAACAGAAGGAUCAUUAUAAUCGGAUUACACCAAUAAUGUUUAAUGUAUACUAUUAAUGUAUAUAAGUUACACGAUAAGACCUAUAAGGGACAACGUGUAAUUGAUCCUGAAUUUCAAGGAAAUAGUCAAUAUGAUUACUCACAACAAAUC